AUGACGUCGAAUUUCCUUUCAGCCAAAGCCAACUAUCCCCUUGACGAUGCUAUCAACGUGCAGUGCUCAGCUUUGCAGAGAGGAAGCAGAUGGGUGGGCGGGUCCAAGAUUAGUUGUUUAACCCAUGAAAGGAGCGGUAUGGAAGGAGAUGGGAUGCUGGAGAGGAGCAAGCUGAUGGGCAGGCGCGCAGUAUCGAAGGCAGAGAAGUUCGGCGACCGAGGCGGAAGUGACAAGGUCUGUGUUGACGACACGAGCGAGCUGGCGAGACUAGGCUACUUCCGACCCAAGAGCAAGAGAUGGGUUUGGCAAGUGACGAGUUUGAAAGUUAUGAAGACGAAGAGGUGA